ACAGUAAAAAAAACGUAUCACGGAUUGCACCACCGUCCAACUCCCGGUUUUGUAUUUUCAAAAGUAGACAAGUAUGAAAUCCCGAGACAGGGGAGAGAGUGCCCUCUGCUGGACUCACAGGUAAUGCUGCAGUGUCCAUCAUACAGUCUAAGGAUCCCGAUAAUAAAUACAGCUCCAUGAGAAACUGUGCUCCAGUCAGAUAUCCUUUGUGUGGUUCAUUUGUAUGCCAUUAUAAUACUUUUACGGCCCAGUAGUUUGGAUCCUAGUUAUUGAGUCAUUCCCUCCCAUAUUUCAGAUUGCUGACUAACUGCACAGUGAAGGCCUGAACUUGUGACUUGGGGAAAGUGAUAUGUAAUGUCAAAGUGCCAACCACUCUCUAUUCUUAUAACACGGAGCUGGAGAGAGAGAGAGAGAGAGAGAGAGAGAGAGAGAGAGAGAGAGAGAGAGAGAGAGAGAGAGAGAGAGAGAGAGAGAGAGAGAGAGAGAGAGAGAGAGAGAGAGAGAGAGAGAGAGCAUGUCAGUAUAUAGCUAACCAGCCUGUUUGAUGCGAAGGGGUUUUGAAAAGGUAUGACCCCUUACAGCACUGCAGUCUACAGAGGUGCUCAAUGACAGCGGAUCAAUAGUUUGAGGACUCUUGUAUAACAUACCAGUCAAUCUGCUCUUCAACUGAUGCUAUGACUGACAGCAAGGUCCCAGUCUUUCCAUCCUCUCCAGUCUUCCCAUGGUCAGUGUUACAGUUGUGGUAUAGGUUAAGCUAACUAACUUUCAAACCAACAAUAAUUUUGCAUGUUAAUCUUCCCAUGUGUUCUUCCCAUGUGUUUAGCUUGGUUAUACUAUGCAUUCAGUUGACCAUGUUUUGCCAUGCUUUUAAAUAUGCUUUACCAUACACAUCUGUGGACUUUACAGUGCUUACCUAUGCUUUAUAAUGCUUUCGCUGAGCUUUAUUACACUGUGUUUUACUAUAGGACUAUAGGAAUCUUUUAUAAAGGGCAUGUUAAAUCUGAAGCAUUAGUACUUGAAAAAUCUGUAUAUCCAAAAUGUGGAUCUGUGAUGAGGUUGCUACUAAGAAGCAAGAAAAAAGGAUUUACAGUAUAAUCUCGAUUAUAACUUCUUUAAAAGGUCACAAAUAGAUGAACUUUAUUAAUAAAAAAAUAAAUAAAAGAGAGGAUAAAUAAGGAACGAAGCAAUAUAAAUAAAUUGAUAACGACCAUAUAAGCUGACUUGUGCUGCUGAAGAAAUAGGCCAACUGAGACACAUGGGCUAUGCCAAGAGUCAAACUGAGUUUAAAUAUCAUUUAUAUAUUGUGUAUCCAGGAAACAACCUACUGUGUGUGUUGGCACUGGUAUGGGAGUGAGUGAGUGAGUGAGGGAGGGGGAGUGAGUGAGUGUGUGAGUGAGUGUGUGAGUGAGUGUGUGAGUGAGUGAGUGAGUGUGUCAGCGCUAUUUAUUUAAAGAGAGUAACCACAGUCUGCUUGUGAAACAUAAGCCUUGUAAAUGUUUUAAGCAACAUAAGCACAGGCCUGUUACUGUGCCAAAAACUAUGCCUGUGUUUAAUUAUAAUGGGAUGACAUGGAGAGGAACACAGACCUGUUAUUAAUGUAAGCUUAAGACUACGUUUAUCCUGUGUUGUGAAGUCUAGGAGCACGUUGGUGAAGUUUUACAAAUGGAUAUAAUUAAUCUAAAGCUUACAUAAUUGGUGGUAGCUAUGGGAUUGUUCUGUUAAGUAUUGAAGAAUUGAUCUACUUUGAGUCUGCACAUUGUUUAUUUUUCUGUAUGGAAUAAAACAUUGCCUUCAAAGUUUUCACUGGCCCUUCUUUUAAAAAACCUGUGCAAGAUAAGCAUGAACAGGAAUUAAAUAGAACUUGAAAAGUGAAUUAAAUACUACCUGAGUAAUAGAGAAAAGGCUGAGCAAGAACUGGGGACCACACACAAAGCUAACAAGCGUGAUUGUGCAAAGUUACAUGCACUACCAAGUGUGUCAAACUGUGCGCUGAUAUCGUGAUGUGGACCACCGUCCACUAAGAGCUGGUUUAGGGACAUUCUCUGUUUUUGGAUUUCCCAUAUUAAAAUUCAGACCAGCUCACGGUUUCAUUUAGCUUUAACAGAAGAAGUCUGGUUCGUGUCACAGCUGAUUCCUGCCUGUGUCUGUGUGUUCAAUAACUGUCUGCUACAGGCUCCAGCACUCCAGCAGUGUGCAUCAUACCUGACUUUUAUUAGGGCUAGAACUGUUUCCAUAGAUACCAGCUGCCAAGAACAGAAUUGUGCACCAUCUGUUUUCUCCGUGUUUAUUUCACAUUGACCUUUAUACAGUCGCUAUAAGAACAGUUGAACAUGUUAUUGUGUGAAACAGAAGUCGGGUAAAUGUUUAAAACAAUGUAAGCACAGGACUGUUACUCUGUGUGUCUAGGUGUGAUCAGUGAGGCAUGAGGUCAUUGUACAAUGUGAAAUAAAUGUUCAGGAUUAAGAUAUAAGAUGGCUAGCAAACUAUGCCUGUGUUCAUUUACAAUAGGAUGGGGAGGCAUCAAAUUAACACGAACUAAACAGAAAUUAUCAUCUAUUAAAAUAGUGAAAUAAACAAAAACACACCACUUGCCACCUGCUUAAAAUGAAGGUGUUAUAGAUAGAAUUGAUAGGCGUGGCGCUUAUCUGUUAAAGGAGACAUGUUUGUAAUUUAAAGAUCAUGUUACACUCAGAAUUCUUAAGGACUGUUUCUGAAUGUUUUAAAAACUAGGCUAAACGGUCCUUUGAAAACUGACAAUAUACUCUGAAUCUUCUGUAAACAGUUGAAAAAGGAUCCAUAGACAUAAUUGCUGGAGCCCAUAGUUUUAAACCUCACAGUAAAUGUGUACAUGUACAGGCUAGCAGCGGCUUUGGAGAAGCAUUUGAGACUGAGAUGAGAAGAACAUUUUCUCCCCAGGUUUGUCUACUGCGAAGCAGAAGUGAGGUUAAUUGUGUUGAGUCGUUAUGCCAUCCAGGGUAUGUACUCCUGUGGACUCUGUGUAUCCUGGUUUCCAUAAUAGGGACCUGGCUCAAGUGACACAGAGGGCAGUCCAGGCAGAGUCAUUCUACUGCUCAGGAUUGCACAAGCUGGUGCUGAUCCACUCUGCCAUGUGUCAGAGAAAGAGAGGGAGAGAGCGAGAGAACACUCCAGAAGAAAUCAACUACCAGGUAACAAAGACUCCACUGUUAUGAUAGUACUGUUUGGAUUGUACUGUAAACACUGUACUUCUGUAUACACUUGGGAGAGAUGCUUUGGACCUUAAGAGAUAUUGGAGAAAGACAUUCACAAAACGUUUUAAGUACUGUUUUAAGUACUGUUUUAAGAUGUUUUAAGUACUGUUUUGAUAAAGACUUUUUUGUGCUGAUGAAUGAAAUCUAGCUUGCAGUUCAUGAAACUUUUUUUAAAUUGUAUUUUUCAACAUUUAACUUUAGUAUAGUAACAGUGUAGUAAUGUGAGAAGGUGCUGCUCGCUCAGCUGACCUCUGCUCACAUGGAGGGCAGCAGGCUUGUGGUUGUUGUGAAACCCCUCAGCCACAGCUCAGUCAGGAGAGCAUGACAUUCCACUGACAGUCCAUUCACAGGCGAUGUAUUACACUGCAGCGUGUGGGGUCAGCAGAAUUGCAUUGUCACUGCACCCCCUUAAAAGAGUCUUAACUAAGGUUUACAAUGUUUAUCAGUGCUAAGGUUUGACAUCGAUUCCUUGCCUCUUAUUUGUUGUUUGCUUACAUUUGAUAGUUCAGUUUGCAAAUGCAGAUAUUUCAAAGACCACUCCAGAGUAACACUUGCAGCUGCUUCCUGAUAUGAAUUCACUUCCUGUGCAGUAGGUCAGUUUCACUCCAGUGGUCUGGCUCUAGAUUGGACAUGUGAUCAACCAGGGAGAACAGGUUUAUUUUUGUCUUUUUGCUGAUCAGCAGAGUGAAGGGGUUAGUGACGAGCAUGACUAAAUGGAAUAAGAAGUAAGAAGAAUGAUUUUAAAUCUUUGGUCAGCACGGGGCAUCGGGGCAGCGGGUUGGAUUAUUCUGUCUACCUCGUGCCUUUACAUUUUGUCUUUCAGAUCCUUGCGGACGGAGAAUGUGGCUGAAGGAGCUGAAGAAGCUGUUUGGUGUCCGAGGGGAGUGGGGGGCUCCUGGGAGGUCCACGCCCCUCCACAGUGAGACGAAGCCCCCCGCCCCGGCCUGCACCGAUGGGGGUUACGGCUGGGUCAUUGCAGCCACCUGCUUCGUGGUGACGGGCCUCACCUCCUCUGUUGUCAGAUCCUUCGGCUUGUUUUUCAUUGAGGUCCAGGAGCACUUCGACGAGCAGGCCAGCAACAUCUCCUGGAUCAGCGCCAUCGCAGUGGCCGUCUUCCAUCUGACUUCUCCGGUAGCCAGUGCUCUUAGUGUGUUGCUGUCGCACAGGGCUGUGAUCAUGCUGGGAGGCCUGUUUGCCAUGCUGGGAAUGCUGGGAGGCUCCUUCGGGCUCAGUCUGGUUUGGAUGUACCUCACCACAGGAGUAAUACUAGGACUUGGCAUUUCGUUCUCGUGGAUCCCAGCGCAGAGCAUGGUCAACCAAUACUUCAAUCAGCGCCGAGCUAUGGCCAACGCCAUCGUCAGCAGCGGGGAGUGUGUCUUCAGCUUCGUCUUCAUUCCAUUCUUCCAGUGGCUCAUUAACAGCAUGGCCUGGAAGGGUGCCAUGGUGGUGAUCGCUGGUCUCCAGCUGAACCUGUGUGUGUGUGGAGCUCUGAUGAGGCCGUACAGACCCCCCGCGAAGAACACGCCUUCCUCUGGGGUGAAACGUCAAGACUCAGAAGAGAAACCCCCAUUGAUGGACUUUUCCUUGCUGAAGCUUCCCAAGUUCUUGUCCAUCAUUGUGUUUGCUCUCUUUUCUGUCGUGGGCUUCCACAUCCCUGCCAUCUACCUGGUUCCCUUUGCCCAGGGUAUUGGGGUGGAGAAGCUGAGCGCCACUUUCCUGGUGUCGUACUGGUCUGUGGCGGAUCUGGUGGGACGCCUGGGCUGUGGCUGGCUUGUGAACCUGGCUCUGGUGAGGAACAUCCGCCUGCUGGCCAUGAUGACCACAGUGCUGGGAACAAGCCUGAUGCUGCUCCCCAUUGCCACCAGCUACCCCUCGCUGGCCGCGUUCAGCUGCUUCUGCGGAGUGUCCUUCGGGGCCGCGGUGUCGCUCCUCCUCACCGUCCUCAUUGACGUGGUGGGGGUCUCCAGACUGGACAGCGCCCUCGGGAUGCUGAUGUUCUUCAGGAGCGUAGGCUGCCUCCUUGGCCCACCACUCGCAGGCACCCUGGUGGACAUGACGGGGAACUAUGGCAGUGGGUUCUAUGCUGCAGGGGGGGCGCUCAUUACCUCAGUGGGGUUCCUGCUGCUCACCGACUUCCUGAUGACCAGCUCCGAGGGGCAACCGGGGCCAGAACUGGAAAGGGGCCCCCCCGACUCCCAGCGAAAGGGGGUCGAACAGUGCAGUGUCUGUGUGAAAGCAGCUCCACCCCCAUAAGGGUUGUAUUGAGGGUAACGUGUGACACGUCUUCACUAUAUAAAUGAAAGUGAAGCAUGAACAGAACAAGCGAAGAAAACACAGAGAGUGACGCAUUCAGAAAAAGAGCUGUACAGUACAAGGCCUGCUAUGGUGACAAUUUCCCUCUAGUGGAUAGUUCACACAACGACUGGAAAGCAUCUCAGUGCUGGUUGUGGCCAUGGCAUCACUUUACUAUAUAUAUAUAUAUAUAUAUAUAUAUAUAUAUAUAUAUAUAUAUAUAUAUAUAUAUAUAUAGCAUAAAUGUAUACUAUUAUCAAAGCACUGUUACAAUGGUUAAUUUAUAAGAAAGUAUUAGCCUUACGAUGCAAUUCAUGUUAAAAAAAAACCAAAAAAAAAACCAUUAAACACAUUUUGAACGUCUCUAAUGGGACUUUA